GCGGGGCCAGGCUGGAUGAGCUCGCUCAGUGUGGGAGAGCGCCCCUACUGGCUGGUCCUGGGUCCCUGGUGUGCUAAGGGACACCCGCGUGCCAGAGGAGGCCAGCGGGCACUGAGGCAACCAUGGGGCUGCUGAGUGGGGUUACGCUGGGGCCCCUGGCCGUGGCGGUGGCCAUCUUCCUGCUCCUGGUAGACCUGAUUCACAGACGCAGAUGCUGGGCUGCACGCUACCCGCCAGGCCCCAUGCCGCUGCCCCUGCUGGGCAACCUGCUGCAGAUGGACUUCCAGAACACGCUCUGCUACUUCGACAAGCUGCGGCAGCGCUUCGGGAACGUGUUCACCCUGCACCUGGCCUGGACGCCCAUGGUCGUGCUCAAUGGCCUGGACGCCGUGCGCGAGGCCCUGGUGUACCACAGCGAGGACACAGCCGACCGGCCGCCGAUGCCCAUCUAUGAGCACCUGGGGUUCAAGCCGCACUCCCAAGGGGUUAUCCUGGCGCGCUACGGGCGCGAGUGGCGGGAGCAGCGGCGCUUCUCCCUGUCCACCCUGCGCAACUUCGGCCUGGGCAAGAAGUCGCUGGAGCAGUGGGUGACCGAGGAGGCCUCGCGCCUCUGUGAAGCCUUCGCCGACUACGCCGGACGCCCCUUCAGCCCCGGCGCCCUCAUGGAUAAAGCGGUGAGCAACGUGAUCUCCUCCCUCACCUACGGGCGCCGCUUCGAGUACGACGACCCGCGGCUCCUCAAGUUGCUGGACCGGCUGCACGCGGGCGUGGAGGAGGACCAGGGCGUCCUGCGCGAGGUCCUGAACUCCUUCCCCGUGCUCCUGCACAUCCCCGGGCUGGCUGGCAAGGUCUUCUCAGCACAGAAGGCCUUCAUGACCCUGAUAGAUGAGCUAGUCCAGGAACACAGGACAACCCGGGACCCGACCCAGCCACCCCGAGACCUGACUGAUGCCUUCCUGGAUGAGGUGGAAAAGGCCAAGGGGAACCCCAAGAGCAGCUUCAAUGACAAGAACCUGAGCAUGGUGACAUCUGACCUGUUUGCGGCUGGGAUGGUGUCCACCUCAACCACGCUGACCUGGGCCCUGCUGCUCAUGAUCCUGCACCCGGACGUGCAGCGACGUGUCCAACAGGAGAUAGAUGAGGUGAUAGGGCAGGUGCGGCAACCGGAGAUGGGGGACCAGGCCCACAUGCCCUUCACCAUGGCCGUGAUCCAUGAGGUGCAGCGUUUUGGGGACAUCGUGCCACUGGGCGUGCCCCACAUGACGACCCGAGACAUCGAAGUGCAGGGCUUCCUCAUCCCCAAGGGGACAAGGCUUAUCACCAACCUGUCGUCGGUGCUGAAGGACAAGGAGGCCUGGAAGAAGCCCUUCCGGUUCGACCCCGAGCACUUCCUGGACGCGGAGGGCCGCUUCGUCAAGCAGGCGGCCUUCAUGCCCUUCUCCGCAGGCCGCCGCGCCUGCCUCGGGGAGCCCCUGGCCCGCAUGGAGCUCUUCCUCUUCUUCAGCCGCCUCCUGCAGCGCUUCGUCUUCUCGGUGCCCCCCGGGCGGCGCCGGCCCAGCGACCGCGGCACCUUCUCCUUCCUGGUGACCCCCGCCCCCUACCAGCUCUGCGCCGUGCCUCGCUAGAGGGAGGAAGCUCCCCCACUGGCUUCUCAGCACCGC